AUUUUCUAGAGUCUCCACGGACCUUUCCACUGUUGCACAACCUGUAGCAAAGUAGUCGCUUUCUAAUACAUCUAGGAAAGUAGUUAGCAAAGCUAACAUUAGCGAAAAACACUCCGCCUCAUCCGACACGGGAUGCACACAAUUAACAGCUGAAGACCAACACGGUAAAGGUAAGCCUAGCGAACAAAUAAGAGUGUCCCAGUGUUACUUCAAAUGUCGUCAAAAGAAACGCAGAGGCGGUUUGUGAGUCGAAAUUGAGUGUUAGCAUAGUUCACGACGUGUCAGCUGGUCUGGCAGCUUCCUGUUGUUUAGCUAGCUGCAAGCUUAGUGACUGACACUAUUAAGUAGCUUUAAUGUUUGGAUUCGACUCCUCUUGUUCCUGGAAGCACCACACAGUGUGUACACCGUGUUUGUGUAACACUUGCGAGUUAUUGUUGCUGACAAACUUGAGUUUGUUUGACUGUUAACGAGGAUGAAUUGCGUUGUAUCAACAGGAUAACCUGCCCGGUAACAUUACAGAAAUAAUGACAGAGUGUUGCUCUGUUAAUCAUCAGUGUUUCAUCGUGUGUUGUUACUUUGCAGAUUUUUUUCUGUAACUCGUAAUGAUGUGAGCUAUCAAAACGAGAUUACUGCAACACAUGCUAAUCCCCUAUUCUUGUUGAUUUUAAUCUGCUCACAUCAUCAACCACAUUAUCGCAACAUCACCACCAAAAAAACAGCAACAUCCCACUCUUGUUCAUGGAAAUGCAACGAAAGCCGGAGUUGAAGGUUGAUGCCCCCACCCCCCCAAACACACACACACACACACACAUACACACACACACACACACACACACAUUUGAUGGAAUUGAGUUUAUGCAUUUUAUGAGUCUCCAACAUACCGAUGCAAGUGUCGAUGGCACACAUCAGACAACUGUGUGAUGUUUUUAAAACAGGAAAAAAAACUGUAGGAUGUCAACAAUCAACUAACUAGACGCUUGCUUUCUUUUUGUCUUUAUUCAGGCUCAAACUUCACCCAGUGAAACCACAGGCUGUCGUGAUGACGGAGCCUAAGCCCCCGACUCCAACUCCUGGAGACAAUUACAAGGGUUGGCUUUUCAAAUGGACCAACUACAUUAAGGGUUAUCAGAGACGCUGGUUUGUCCUGAGCAAUGGACUACUGUCUUACUACAGGUAAGCUGCAAAGAUUUAUCUAUGAUCUAUCUAUUCUCUUGCUUAGUGAAAAAUGGAAAUGGUAUUUAUUAGUGCUGUCAAUCGACAAUCUUUUUUAAUCGCGAUUAAUCGCAUGAAUGCCAUAGUUAAUUCGCAAAUUAAUUGCACAUCCAAAAUGUCCCUUGAAUUCUCAAUUAAAUACUCACAAGUUCUGUUUACAAAAUACAUGCAGAGGAAAAGAAAAGUUAAGAAACAGUAAAAAAUGAGAAAACUAUAAGGAGAGAGUGAAAAGAAAGAAAAGUUUCAAUCAGAGUUUGAUAAAGUAGGCAAAAUCUUGCCCACCCUAUUCAAGCUUGAAGGUCAUUCCAAAGUUUUGUCAUUUCAAAUGGAGGGGCCCAAGCCUACCAUUUGAGGACCAACUCAAUAAGAUCAUGAAGGUUUAUACCUGCUCUGCAACUGGAUGGCAUGUGUCUUGAGAUGUCAUACAGAUCCAUUGUGUUAAUUUUAGAACCAGUAUUAAAAAGAUUUAAAAAAAAAAUCUUACACUCAAAGUCAUUUUACAGAUUUGCUGACUCCACACUUACUAUUUUAAACAUAUACCUUGUCUUUUGAGGGGGAAUGGUAGGGCUGAAUUUCAUGGUUGUUAUUUUCACUGGAAAAUAGUUAAACUUCUUCUCAAGUUCUGUAAAAUAAGUCUGCAGGCCUAAUGUGGCCUCUGCCACCUUCUACUUGUGAUACAAUUUCAAUCAAAGUUAAUUUGGUCAGUUAAUCCAUUAAUUAUGGCAACAAGGAAAUAAGAAUUACAACAUGAGAAAUCUCCAUAUGACUGACCAUCACUCUGUGUCUUCAGGUCCCAGGCAGAGAUGGGUCAUACGUGUCGAGGCACCAUCAAUUUGGCAACAGCCAAUAUUGCAGUCGAAGACUCGUGCAAUUUUGUUAUUUCAAACGGAGGAGCACAAACCUACCACCUGAAGGCCAACUCAGAAAUUGAGCGGCAGAGAUGGAUCACUGCUCUGGAGCUUGCAAAGGCAAAGGCUGUCGGGAUGCAGCCUGACUCAGGUGAGAUGGCGGAAAUGAAUGAUUCGUAAGGUUGUAGAAAAGCUUUAGCAUACAGUAACAAAAAUAAGUGUUUUUCUCUGCAUGUUGAGCAUUUUUCUACAAACGUUUGUCUUUUUGUUGUCUUAUCUCUGCUUUUCUCUCAGAUGAUUCAGGUGAUGAUUGUCCAGCAGUUCCCCCAACAUCAGGACAGGGUGGAGGCCGUAACUCAGAAGUCCAAUCCACACUGCGCACACUCAACAGCAAAGUGGAGGACCUCACCACCUGUAAUGAUCUUAUUGUAAAGCAUGGGUCUGCACUUCAAAGGUAUCAGUUAUCAGAACAGGCCCCUUGAUUUCCUCAGAUAUCCCCCAAAUAAGCAUUUUAAAUGUUUAUUUUAUACCAAUCUGCCUUUUUGUUUGUCCAUUAAUUCUUUUAUCUCAAAAAUGCAGGUCUUUGUCAGAGCUGGAGGCGAUUCGUGGGGGAGGAGACUUUGGUGAAAAAAUAAGACAAGUUACAGAAAGAGCCACGCUGUUUAGAAUCACCUCUAAUGCCAUGAUAAAUGUAAGACAUCCAAGGGUACAUUGCUGAAGAACUGACAUUUAUGGAGCUUCUCUUUUUGAAAAACUGCUUUCGGCUUUUUCCUUUCUUCCCAAGGCGUGUCGAGAUUUCCUCUCUCUGGCCCAAAGCCAUAGCAAGCGUUGGCAGAAGGCCUUACAGGUUGAAAGAGACCAGAGAAUACGGUUAGAGGAGACUCUGGAGCAGCUGGCAAAACAACACAACCACUUGGAAAGAGCCUUUAGAGGAGCCACUGUUCUCCCUUCAUCAUUCAGCAAUUCCGCCUUAGGUAACAAAGGUGAGGCUGUCAUUCUAAUCCCAACUUCUGCCUUUGGACUGUCGAUAUGUCUAGGAGCUAGCCGCUUAAUUGUGCCACACACAUCUUACCAAACCAUCUGCCUGCACUCUAGGUGGUUCAGGAAAAGAUGACGCCAGUGAUGAGGAAGAUGAUAAUGAAUUCUUUGAUGCGAUGGAGGACCCGGCAGAGUUCAUCACUGUCCCUGCUGAUCCCAAAUAUCACAGGUUGUUAUGCCUGUCUUUUCCAAGAUCAGUGUUGUAAAUUUAAACCACGUUCUUUGUUUUGAUUUGAUCUCUUCUUGUGUAUUACUUUGAUCUGAAACUAUGUUUUUUGUUUGUCUCUCUUACAGGAGAUCUGGCAGUAACGUCAGUGGGCUCAGCAGUGAGACUGGAAUGGAUGAUCAGUCUGCAAAUGUGUGUUAACUUUAUUUUCUGUAGCAAGUUCUGAUAUGUAUUAACUUGUCUUCCAUCCUCCAUCGUGCAAAAGACACCCGACCCUUAAGGCUCUUUUCCUUCUUUUCCAGUUUGAUGAGCUGUCUUUGGCAUCCAAUCCAGAGUCUCCACAGCCCUUGGAGCUAGAGCCAGUCAGGCAAAGGAGAACUCGUAUCCCUGACAAGCCCAAUUAUUACCUCAAUCUGUGGAGCAUCAUGAAGAACUGCAUUGGAAAGGAGCUCUCAAAGAUACCAAUGCCUGUGAGAAGAUUUGUAACUCCUGUUGCUGUUAAAACCACAUAUCCUUGUGAAAAUAGUCAAAAGUAAUCAGACUGUCUCUCUGUAGGUGAAUUUUAAUGAGCCCCUCUCAAUGCUGCAACGUCUGUCUGAAGACCUGGAGUACUACGAGCUGCUGGAUAAGGCUUCCAAAUGCCAAAGCUCCCUGGAACAGAUGUGUUACGUUGCCGCUUUCACCGUCUCAUCUUACUCCACCACAGUCCAUCGUACAGGAAAACCUUUCAAUCCUCUGCUGGGAGAAACAUUUGAGCUUGAUCGGCUAAAAGAAUGCGGCUACCGCUCCCUCUGUGAACAGGCAUGUCUGAAAAAAACACUGGCAGCUCACUGAAUUAAAACCAACAGUAGAGAGACAGCUUUAACUACACAAUCACACAGUUUUACCGGAUGAAUUAAUUUCUUCUUCUUUUUUUUUUCCAGGUGAGCCACCACCCACCUGCUGCCGCUCAUCAUGCUUUCUCUGAAAAGGGUUGGAGCUUGAGACAAGAAAUAACUUUGGCCAGCAAAUUCAGAGGAAAAUAUCUCUCUGUCAUGCCUUUAGGUGAGUUUGCAGUCCAAAUAUCAAAGCUGAAGUGAACACUCGGUGCAAAGACAUGUGCUUGUUUGAAUUCGGGAAGGUAAAAUAGCAGGUGAAUUAAAUUGUACUUCAAUUUCAUGCAUCCCAGGUUAACAGGAAUAACAUACUGUAAAAUGUAUGACCUUCAACCACAUACAACAUUUUUGUAAUACCAGGGAUGUCACCCGAUGGUUUCACCUCACCACAUAAUUGAAAUUCUGACUGAACCUAACCCACUCCUAGCUAACAGCUGCUAUGUAUAACAAAGAUAUGAAUAAUGAUGUUUUGAUACACCAGAGUGAGAAACAUACGGGUAUGUAAAGCUAUUAAGGAGGUAUCAGAAAGGAAGUAUAGAGUCUGAAAAAAAAGCAUUUGUGCAGCUGAGAGAAUACAUUUACUCAAGAAUGUACACAACAACCGAGUUUAGUUUUUUGGUUACGAUUGUCCUACAUGAAGUCGCUUGUUUCUUAAACUCCAGAAAUCCACAGCCUGCCUAUUCAUGUCAUAUGAUGAUCGAUGUGUGCAAGAUGACGUUUAUAUUUAGGGUGAGCUAGUUCAACUCGACCAAGUCUUGCGCUAACAUCAUUCCCUCUCUGUCUGCAGGUUCUAUUCAGUGUAUUUUUGAAAAGAGCAACAAUCACUACUCUUGGAAGAAAGUGACGACAACAAUACACAACAUUAUAGUUGGUAAACUAUGGAUUGACCAGGUACAUUUAAAAACCUUACAAGUCAUUUUUAAUAUCUACAUAUGUUAUAUUAUUAUCUAUAUCUUAUCAUUCAGUUAUGCUUAUAUUAAAGUUUUCCAAAAUUGCUGUUUCUUUUUCUGCAUCCAGUCAGGAGAGAUAGACGUGGUGAACCACAGGACAGGAGAUCACUGCCACUUAAAGUUCACUCCUUACAGUUACUUUUCCAGAGAUGUUCCAAGAAAGGUCAGUGGUUCUCAUGCAGUUUUCUUUUUUAAUGUGUUUCAGAUCAAGAUGCGCCUAAGAAUUGCUUAAAUAUGAGUCCCGGUUCUGCCAACCCAAGGUUACAGUACAGAAACAUUAACUGGAAGCUGUGUUUGUCUAUCAGGUUACUGGAGUUGUCACGGACAAGGAUGGGAAGGCCCAUUACGUGCUGUCAGGAACCUGGGACGAGAAGAUGGAGUUUUCCAGAGUAAUGCAGAGCAGCAAAGGCGAGAACGGCACCGAAGGGAAACAGAGGACUGUGUAUCAGACCCUUAAAGCCAAAGAAAUCUGGACGAAGAAUCCUUUACCGUAAGUUUCUGUUUUUAAGAAGGUUUGUUAGUGAUAGCAAACCAGCCUGUCAAAACUGUGCUGUGACAUGAUGUCUUUCAUCUUUUAUGAAUCUUGCUUUAUAGAGAGGGAGCAGAGAACAUGUACUUCUUCUCUUCACUUGCCUUGACGCUCAAUGAAUCUGAAGAGGGAGUAGCGCCGACAGACAGUCGCAGACGCCCUGACCAGCGGUUAAUGGAGGACGGCCGCUGGGAUGAGGCCAACGCAGAGAAACAGAGGCUGGAGGAGAAACAGCGCAGCACUCGACGGGAGAGAGAGAGGGAGGCGGUCAAAGCAGCCAGCUCGCCUGAGGAAGGUAAAAAAUCAGGAAGGGAGUGAGAUCUGUCUUUGUGUUGAUCAGUCUGUUCUGUCUUCCCUUCUUAUCUGUCUUGUUCAUUCAUUUUUUUGUCUACUUCGUCUGUCUCGGAAAACACUUGUCUGCUUGUCUCUGUCUCAUCCUUAAGCUGUCACUGAGGAUUCAAUCAAUGAUUCACCUUUGAAAAGCAAGUACUCCUCUUCCUAGUCCUUUUAAACCUCUGCUCUACAAAUGAUCUCCCUUAUAGAGACAAAAACACACAAACAUGAUCUUCAUCUGUAUUAGAAGAAGGUUUUAAUUGUCUUCAACAACACCAUGCAAACCCCUCAUCCUCAUUUUAUCGUCCUGCUUAUCAUCCAUUUCUGUUCCAUUUAGCUGAUGCAGUGGAGACUGCCACAGAAGCUAGUGAGGUCUCAGAUGAAAGCAAGUAUCAUUUAGAGCUUUACAAAGAGUGCACUUUUAAAGAUGCUUUGUGCAACAUUUUUACAGAAGAGCAAGAAAAACUGAACCCUCUACAUUAACUUAGAAAUAAGGGGAAGUGAAAAGAUGCUUCUGAAUAAUGUCCGCCUUACAGUCUCUCAGAUAAGUGCCGAUAUGCGAGAGGAAACAGCUCACAUUUCCGUACAUUACAUGACAAAACUCAUAAGGUUCCCUUAUUCCAACUUCUCUUUUAUGCUGUUGACAGAGCUACAAUUCAAAGGUUUACAUUUUUAAUUUAGGACUCAAAACAAACAUGACAUGUCUUUAUACCAUAAGCUGUUCAAUUAAAUCAACUUCAGUAACAGGUGAGCAGCGCUGACCAGAUUUUAAAAGCCCCUGCAGUACCUAUUAACUUGUGUUGCUGCACAGUUUAAAAAAGCUGAUUUAUUACAUAAAAGAUAGAAAAGGCCAAUAAUUUUUUUUGACAGGAAGCACUGUAUGAGUUUGACUAAAAAUUACCAUUGACUUUUGUUUACCAGAUCAAUAUUUGACUGUCCCAUUUCUGACGUGCUCAUUUCGCCUAAAAUGCUGCACACAGCCCCUUUUAAAAUGAGCAUAAACAAGAUAUUUGUGUGGUUUUUUUUUUUGGAUACUGUUUGAGAGUUGUGGAUUCACAUCUUUUUCUUCCAUGCUGUCAAGCUGACACAGAGGACUCUCCCCCUCUCACACCUGUUGCAUGCAAGUAGCCCCUUACAUUUCACUCUCUGCUCCUCCUUGUUUCCGUCAUCUUCAGGAUUUUUAUGUCUUAUCCUUCAAAAAUUCAUCCGUCACUGUUUUAUUUCCAGCCCCCUAUGGACCAUCUGCUCCCCCUUACUCAAGCAAGUAUUCUGAUGGUGAUCUGUCAUAUAUGGUCCAGUUAUUUCACAAAUUUAAAUUAGUUUAACCCAGGUUGAAAACCCUUUUUUUUCUUCCUCUUUUAUUUCCUCCUUUACACUCUUCACACUUUGGUCUCUCUUAGUGGAAGGCAAGGAGGGUCCUUAUGGAGCUCAUGUCAAAAGCAAGUAACAUAAGUGUGCCCCCCUGUCCUCCCCUGUUUUAGUUAGAUUUGUUUUGUUGUGAGAAGGGAACCUCACAGAAGAAUACCCGAUGGUAGAAUUGUCUAAGCUAGUUUAGAGUUCAUUGAUCAGUAUCCUCUGAUUAAUUGUGAUCUGAUAAAUCCAUUCUCUCUGUCAACCACAUAAGAGCGUACCCACUCCAUUUGAGCUCGAUAUGUUCGAAGGCUCAGCAGCUUCAAAAUCCUCCCCUCAGGUGCCUCUGAAGCCUCUUCUACCUCUGAAGUUUGUUUCUUUUCCUUUUAGGCGUCCAUCAAGACAACCACCAAGCACUGUGGUUUGAGAGGAUUGAUGACCCCAUAUCAGGAGAGCCCCUGCAUGUCUACAAGGGUGGUUACUGGGAGGCGAAGGACGGAGGAGACUGGAACAUGUGCCCUGACAUAUUCUGAUCCCAGCCGAGUCAGCAUGUGGUGCAAAAACGAGAGGGUGGACAGAGGUGACACAAAUUACUUCAGCUGAAGUUGGAGGAUCAGAUAUUUUUCUAUCUUCAGUGUCCACAGCUUCAACCAAUCUUCCUCCUAAACUUUCCUUUUCAGCUGUGAGUUGCUCAGGAUCAAGGGUUUCUGGACUUUGUAGCGUUGUUGUAACACUGCAGCUGCACAGACUUUUCUGUCACUGCCUCUCAAACAUUCGUGUUUAUCUCUGUGUGUGUUCACUGCUCUUACUUAGUUCAGGUCCAACUUUUUUGGAUUUUUUGGACGGCACAACGCGAUGAUGCAUUUUUGUCAAAUGCAAAAUUCCUCCAGAAAAUUCCAGUAUGUAUCGUACUUCAUGUGAUUUCUUGUUAUUUGCAUUCCUGUGUCUGACUGUAAGUGCUCCCUCAGCAUAGCAUCCCGGUAAGUCGGUUUAUUGCAGUCCAGUUUUUUAAUACUUCAAGCUGUUAAUAGUCAUGGUUCCAGCACUAAACCAAAUCAUAUGAAGAAAUGCAUUUAGGCUUCAAUGGCUCUAACAAAAAUGAGUAAAUACAUCCUCUAACAAGGAAAAACUUUCGAUAUUUCACCUCAUCCUUCUGUAUCAACACAAGACAUCUCGUCUUAAAGUAAAAAUGACACUCCAUUAUGCAGCACAGUACGCAUACAAAAGGAUGCUUUUGACCUGAAAACAUUUCAGCCUGCUGUUAAGAUUCAGAUGUAAUUAUUCAAAUCAGGGUCUACAGCUCAAGAGCUGCAGCAGGUGAGGGUUAGGUUGCAGCUGCUUUUCUGUAGUGAAUCAUAGAACAUGCCGGCAAAACUACUUUAGCGAGAGAGUCCAAGCCUUUUUGGUCAGUGUACGGCACAACAGAUAAUAAACUGCUUUAUUCAGCAGUGCUAAUUGAUUCUAAACUGUGAUAGCAGUAUCCUUUUUUUUUUUCAGUUUUUCAUUUAAAAAAAAUCGAUAUUUCUAUUUUCUUAAUGAGGUAAAGGACAUGUAUUUGCGCAGCUUGCUUUAUUCAAUAUAAUACCAUAACAAUAGUGUUUCAAACAGUGGUAACAUGAAGAUAUGUACUUAUAAUAUAUAUGCAUAUAUAAGUACCAAUGAAAGUAUGAAGUACCAAUAGCACUAGUACAGCACUGUAGGAAAAACUCACAGAAGUCUGUGAUUUUAUUUAUCUGUCUGUCUUGUUGUUUUUUCCCCUCUGGAAAUUAAUUCAAAACUGUAACUUGAAAGUGAGUCCACUUCUGUUCUUCAUUAUAUUUUAUUCAAGCUGAACUAGUAAAAUCUAGGAUAAUGGGGCAGAAUAAUGUUCAAGCUAAAACAGGCUCUUACUCUCAAGGGUGGUAAAGGCCUGUUAAAAUCAUUAUCAAAAAUUAAACGAGUAUAAGCUCAAUUUAUUUAGUUGAAAAUGAAGCAUUUCAAGAGGCCAUUGAUUUCCAUUCUUCAUACUGUGCACAAAUUCAGGUUCAUAUUUUCAUACUUAAGGUUUUUGGCAUUUCUCAUUCCUGGACGGGCCAUUUCAGUUCAAAAUCAAAGUAGAAAUAUGGAAAGACUCUGUGUGAACAGUUUACUUCCUUUCAGAAUCGUCACUGAGCUGUGCAUUGACUCCUACUAGCUCGAUGGUUGCAAAAAUGAAGGGAAAUGUGAGGCAGGGAAGUGUCUUUGUCUUCCUCCUUUCCUUCAAACUUCUUGAUCAUAGCUUUAAUCUUAAUUUCAAUAUUUAUACAGCAAUAAGAGUGCCUCAGUGUGUACACAUGUGGCACAAGUGAGUUGUGAGGGCAAUGAGAAGAGAGAGCACUAAAACUGCAAAAACUCAGUGUUGUGAUUCUGUUUGUCUUUAGUUUGUCAUAUGAUUGAAAGGACUGUGUGCUCAAUGGAAAUGUACAUUUCAUUCAAUAUUCAAGUGUACUUAAAGGAGAACACUGAAAAUGAAGAUCACAAAACACAAUGUUGCAAAUAUUCUGUGUGGAUAUAUAUAAAAUAGUAAAUUAACUGUGAUAUUAACUUGUUAUAUUGAUAGAGAAUUUAAUGGCAGUGAUGCACUUUUGAUUUUAUUUUCUGUUGUCUCUGUACUGAUGCAUUUUCAUUGUGUGAACCGAGUGUACCGUAUCACCAAGAGUUCACCUCUAUGAGCUAGAGUAGAUUUAUUUCAAAGAAUAUGAAUUAUUUUUGGUGUGAACCAUUCCUUAAUGUGAUUAACUGUUGCUUCAUCUGUCUUUUCAAGAGUUGAUGAAGAGUGUGUUUGUGUGAUGAAUGUACAGUUUGAUGCACAUUACAUCUAUCCAAGAGUUUACAGCUUUCUAACUUUGUCCUUUUUUUUUAACGUACUCUCAGUUCCUGUUAGCUCCUUUUCUACUAAGUCAUGAACCAAUCCUUGUGGUUGUUUUUCUCAGCUUCCUACAUUUUUCAUUCAUUGUUUCCUUUGUUUGUGCUGAUUAUGGCAGCACACAUCCUCACAGCUCCCCACAGUUCCUAGAGAUUGAAUGAAGAUGGUUUUGCACUUUUGCAUACAUCUAUUAUUUAUCACGCCCUGUGUGAUAUGACUGAUAAAGUCCACUUCUGUGUUGGAUAUUGAAGAGUUUGGCCUUUCAGGAAUUUGUUUCAUAAACUUUUCUUUAUCCAUGUGCAGUAGUUGUAGACAUUUCCAUUAGUUGAAGUGCAAAUAAGAAUUGAGUCAUUGUUCUGAGCGCACCUUUUCACCUGCUCUGUCCAUCAAUGCCGUUUUCUUUAGCAGGAUUGUGUUAGAGGGUAACAAUAUUAAACUUUGAAUGGAGUGAAAUAAUUUUUCUUGUGUAGUUUUCUGUUUUCAUGGAUGCAGCGUCACAUACUGUUUCACAUGAGAAGGUGGUAUUAAAAGAUUCUAAUUUAAACCUGCUUACACUUUUGUAUAAACAGAGAUAAUCUGAUUAAUAUAGUUGUAUCUAAUCUAAUUAUGAGUUGUGAGACAGCUGAAGCAAGGAUGACAGUCGUACCACAUUUGUCUUUCAAAAUAAUCAUACACUUAAACCUUAGAGGUGGACUGGUUUAAAGAAGAUAGCAUAACUGUACCACCAAAUAAGAAAAGCAUUGUUCAAAAAUAUUUAUCUUUAGUGGCUCAUAAACAUGACAUUCUUGAAAACAUUCUGUUGCUGUUGUCCAUGUUUGAUAUCCCUCUGGACUUAUCUAGUGCCUUUGAUACAGUCAACCGUGAUACUCCGCUAGAGUGGCUCCACCUCGCCAUUGGACUCACUGACACUGCCCUCAGCUGGUUCCAGUCAUACCUCACAAACGGGACAGAAUACAUCUCCCUUGGUCACUUCUAUUCACACUCACAUACAGUCACCUGUGGGGUCCCUCAGGGGUCAGUUCUUGGCCCCCUACUGAUCAUCCUCUACCUAAUCCCCCUUGGUCAGGUCAUCAGCCGUCAUGGACUCUCAUUUCACUGUUACGCAGACGAUACACAGCUCUAUGUAAAUGCCCCAGCUGCACCCUAUCAUCUCCAUCCUCCAAUCACUCCACUGGCUUCCCGUUUCCACCAGGAUUGAGUACAAGGUUUCCCUCCUCACACACCAAUGCACCCAUGGACAUGCCCCCACCUCAAAGAACUUCUACACCCACAAAAAACAACACAGUCUCACUCUCAACAUAGAUUCUUCAAAAAAAAAAAAAAAACUGUUUAUCUUGCUUUCACUCUUUUAAUAAGAUGGGGGUUUUUUUUGUUUGUUUGUUUGUUUGUUUUUAUAUUCCUUUACUGUGAAGUUCCUUGGCUUCUUGGCUUUUAAGAUGUAGCCCUUUAAGGUUGCUUGAUGUAAAGGGCACUACAAAUAAAAUGUAUUAUUAUUAUUA